CAAUUUGGUUUUAAUAUUAGUCAUUCACGGAAAUGGCUGACCAUGGAGGGCUGGCGAGAGUGUUGUCGAAGCAGGAUUUUAAUCCUGAAAAUUUUGUCAGCAAAUUGGCUGAGGGACCUGGAGGAGAAAGUGAUUUAUUGGUUAUGAAACAGAAAGUUCAGAUCUUGUCGGAUGAAACAGCACACUCUCUCAAGAAAAAUGUCUACAAAAAUUAUUUUCAAUUUAUUGAGACAGCAAAAGAAAUAUCCAUCUUGGAGGGAGAGAUGUACCAACUCAGCCACACCCUCACAGAACAGAAGAGUCUCAUGUCCUCCAUGAUGGAAAUGUCAUUGGUCAGUGAUAAAGCAAUAGUUGAAGAACCGAAAGAACAAGAACAGGAAAACCCUGAAGAGGAAACAAGAAAAAAUCUGGCUUUCCUCCUGGAGAAGGUGGAGGGCUGUUCUAGUGUGACUGAGGUCCCAGGGCGACAUCUGGUACACAACAGUGACCUGGCAGAGCUGGAUGCUGAGUCCUUCAUGCAGAUUCAACGAGUCCAUUCCUUCCUUCUCAAUGACAGCUUAAUGAUUGCGACAUGGCUUCCCAACAGGCGGGGACCAGUGAGGUACAGGUUCCAGGGCUUGUAUGAACUGGACAGUCUGGCUGUGGUCAAUGUUCGGGAUGCUGGACCAGUCAAGAAUGCCUUCAAAAUCCUCAUGUUCCCUGACUCCAAGAUGUACCAGGCAGAUAGUGCCAAGGCUAAGAGACAGUGGCUUGACAUUUUGGAAGAAACAAAAAAGAGAAAGGCCAGCAGGGACAAACAGAAGAAAGAGGCUGCCAUUUUCUUAGCAGAGCAACAGGCCGUUGCCUCGGCAACACCUACAGAGGAUAGCAACCCCUUUGGAGAAGAGGAUGACAGUGAGGCUCUUGCUGCCAUAGAAACUGAUUUCCUGAAUUCUGAUUGGCUACAAGAACUUCCAGAAGAUUUGGAUAUGUGUAUUGCUCAAAGAGAUUUUGAAGGAGCUGUUGAUUUAGUUGAGAGAGUUAAUGAAUAUUUGAAAGAUUGUCCAAAAGUUCCUGCCGUUAAAGAAUUCAGGGCUAGGAUCGAUCACCGUGUAAAACAGCUGACAGAGGGACUUAUGGGGGAGUUACAGGUGUCCCCGGAGCGAUCACUCCGAGGAGGACCUCGUGCAGCCAGGCGUGCUGUGAUGCAGCUUAUCAGACUUGGCAAGUCUGCACAGGCCUGUGACUUGUUCCUGAAGAAUAGAAGCUCCAUAAUCAAAUACAAUAUCCGUCAGCUGAAGUUUGAGGGGGCUACCACACUGUAUAUCCGACGCCUGUGUGAUGUCUUUAUACCUUGUCUCUCAGAGACCGGCAAGGAGUUCAUGAAGGCAUUCCAGGAACACUACGGCUGUAUGUCAGCAUUUGUUGUUUGGGCCAAGAAGGAACUACAGAUGUUUGUAUCAACUGUCAAUCGACAGGUGUUUGGUGGCAAGUCAUCGCUCUCUGUCAUUACAGAAUGUCUUCACAAUGCACGCAAACAGUGUGAAGAGUUAAGUCAGAUUGGUUUGGAUGUGAACUUCAUCUUUGAGUCCUUGAUCGCCACAGAUCUGGAGAGGGUCAUCAGGGAAAACAAGGACCAGAUCAUCGAGGGAGUCAAAUAUAGGGCUCAGGAUGACAAAUGGCGUCCGAUGAACCACCUCAGUCAUACCGACUGUCUCAAGUUUGUCGAGGAAAUUUCUACUGCGGGUCUGGACCUGAAAAAUUACAUCUAUGAUGCCUGUUUCAUCAAUUUGACAAUGAACACGGCCAAUUUCUCCAAGUCGUGUCUGUCCUUUGCCAAUGCUGUUUUGUUGGUCCACACUCCGGAGAUAGAUUAUCUCAUCACUGAUUCCAUCUCCGAAAUCUUCCGUGCCGAGAUUACUCACAUAGAGGACUCCAUCCGAAAUAAAAUCUUCUACAGAGAGCACAAAUUUAUCCUAAAGAAUGCCCAGUUUGUGUUGGAAGUGAUAAUGAGUAAGAUUGAAGCAGCUUACAAGGAGAGAGCAAUAGUGUUCCCGAAACAUUUACUGGACAUUAACGGGGAAUAUAGGCGGUUAAAAUCUGUGGUCAAGUCCUUAGGGGCCAGCUGAAACAAAAACUCUACUGGUCGGAGUUUACUCCUUAGGAAAUGAACAAUCAUAAAUAUUCCAGAUAGUGUGAUGUCCAAAUAUUUCAUGCUUAUAAAAUUUUUCUGAAUAUUUUUUCCUCGGUUUCAAUGUCUGGUUCUGCUUUUAACAGAAACAGAGGAUUUAUUCAUGUUCCUUCAGGAAAUACAUAGAAUCGAUCAAUGUUAUUCCAGAAAAUGUGAUGUCCAAACAGUUAAUGCAAAAAUAAGAAUUUUUUUGUAACAUUUUUUCCCAAUUAUCAGUAUUGGUUACGGAUAUAUAAUACAUGUAAUUAAAGAAAACAUCUGCAAAAUUUACAAGAUUAUUUUCAAUUAACAAAAUGUUUAUGCGUUACAAUUUCAUGAAUGUUUUGGGUGAUUUUAUUUCAAUAUAUGUCUGUAAAUUUAAAAAAUUGUUUAAUCAAUACAUUUUAAAGUUAAACAAAUCAUUUUGAUGUGCUGGAUAAAGUGUACAGUAGUAUUUCUGUGUAUAUUAUCAAUAUAAAUAUGAAAGGCCAACGUCCACCUGCUUGUAAUAUAUUUAAGUAUGUUUGAGAUAAAAUUUCUGUCUUAACAAAGACAUUAUAUUGUAUAUGUAUAAGUGUUAACAUUUGCUGCACACCAUUAUCUAAAAAU